GCUCGCCGGCUGGGGGGCUGGCGACGAGCGCAGACGGACACGCUCACCUCGGAGCUCAGCGAGGCGGACCCGCAGAAGGUGGUCGUCCGGAAUGUGGACAAGGCGGCGCAGUUCGUGACGCCCGCCCUCUGGAACAAGCCGCUGUUUCGGGCCGCGGCGCUCGUCGGCGGCGGCGCCCUCGCCGGCUCCGCGGCGCCGUUCGCCGCCAUGCUGCACCUCGCGGCGUACGGCACUUGGCUUGGAACGAGCGUCUGGACCACCUUCAUCGCAGGCCUCACGAUGUUCAAGAAUCUCCCACGGAAGCAGUUUGGGUCGCUGCAGGCUAAGUUGUUCCCAAAGUACUUCCAGCUCGGCACCGCGUGCACCGCGGUGGUCAUCCUGACAGCCAGCCGACUGGGGAUGCCCACGGGGUGCGCGAUUUUCUCGCUCCUGUGCACGCUGGCGAACCUGCUUUACCUCGAGCCCGAGUCUACCUCGGUGAUGUUCGCCCGGUACGACAUGGAGAAGGAGGAGGAGAAAAGCGGAGAAGCCUGGAAGCGGCGGAACAAGGAGCUGCAGGCGAGAUUCGGGAAGCUCCACGGCAUGAGCUCCCUGGCCAACCUCCUGGCGCUGGUCGCCCUCGUGGUCCACGGCGGCGCGAUCGCGGCCAGGCUGUGA